AUGGAGGACGUCAUAGCACGCAUGCAAGAUGAGAAAAACGGAAUUCCCAUUCGCACUGUCAAAAGCUUUCUUUCCAAGAUCCCUAGCGUCUUCUCUGGGUCAGACAUUGUUCAGUGGUUAAUAAAGAACUUAACUAUAGAAGAUCCAGUGGAGGCCCUCCAUUUGGGAACGUUGAUGGCUGCCCACGGCUACUUCUUCCCAAUCUCAGAUCACGUCCUCACCCUCAAGGAUGAUGGCACCUUCUACCGGUUCCAAACCCCCUACUUCUGGCCGUCCAAUUGCUGGGAGCCGGAAAACACGGACUACGCGGUUUACCUCUGCAAGAGAACGAUGCAGAACAAGGCCCGGCUGGAGCUCGCCGACUAUGAAGCUGAGAGCCUGGCCCGGCUGCAGAGAGCAUUCGCCCGCAAGUGGGAGUUCAUCUUCAUGCAAGCAGAGGCACAGGCAAAAGUGGACAAGAAGAGGGACAAGAGGGCCUUCUGGGACGUGCACCGCCCUGUGCCUGGGUGCGUGAACACCACGGAAGUGGACAUCAAGAAGUCGUCCCGAAUGAGAAACCCCCACAAAACCCGGAAGUCUGUCUAUGGUUUACAAAAUGAUAUUCGAAGUCACAGUCCCACCCACACGCCCACGCCAGAAACGAAACCUCCCACAGAAGAUGAGUUACAGGAGCAGAUAAACUAUUGGCAAAUACAGUUAGAUAGACAUCGGUUAAAAAUGUCAAAAGUUGCUGAUAGUCUGCUAAGUUACACGGAACAGUAUUUAGACUACGACCCGUUCUUUGUGCCGCCUGACCCUUCCAACCCAUGGCUGUCUGACGACACUACUUUCUGGGAACUGGAGGCGAGCAAAGAACCGAGCCAGCAGAGGGUCAAACGGUGGGGGUUUGGAAUGGACGAAGCAUUGAAAGACCCCGUUGGGAGAGAACAGUUCCUUAAAUUCCUAGAGUCGGAAUUCAGCUCAGAAAACUUGAGGUUCUGGCUGGCGGUGGAGGACUUGAAGAAAAGGCCCAUCAGGGAAGUCCCCUCUCGGGUGCAGGAAAUAUGGCAAGAAUUCCUGGCUCCAGGAGCCCCCAGUGCCAUCAACUUGGACUCGAAGAGCUACGACAAGACCACGCAGAACGUGAAGGAGCCCGGACGGUACACGUUCGAAGAUGCUCAGGAGCACAUUUACAAACUGAUGAAAAGUGAUUCAUACCCACGUUUCCUACGAUCCAGUGCCUACCAGGAGCUUCUACAGGCAAAGAAAAAGGGCAGGAACCUCCCCAUUUUCCCAUGCCAUAAAAACUGUACUCCAACACUGAGGGCCAGCACUAACCUGUUAUGAAAAGAGGGGAAAUCGCUCACGUCAAAGAGGCUAACGAGCCUCGUGCAGUCUAACUGAUAGGACCACCCUGUAUGUAGCAUGGAAGCAGACCGAGUGGUUGCCUACACGUUGUCGCUCUCUGUUGUGACCUGGAGCCGAGGACCUUAGGCCAAGAUGUUGCAUGAGCAAAGGACCCGCGUCGUCCUUCCUUCGUGUGCCAUCUCCACGGGACUCCGCCCUCUCCAUGCCUCCACGUCCACACGUUGUCAGCCUACUUCCUCCACGUACCAAGCUGGAUCUGUGUCUUUUCCUUUUGGAUCAAGUUCAAGUGAAGUACACCUUUUACACCCUCCUCCGCCUCCCCCCUUUCUUUUUCUUUCCCGUAAAGCUUCAGCUAGACACACAGUUCACUGGAAAUGGAAUCCGUCACAAACUGGAAGAACUGUCCAAGCAGAGCAGCGUCUAUCGAUCAGUACGCCUACGGCUUCCUAUUCAUUAAACAACCCAUUUAGCCCAGAAAGGCUCAUUUCACCGAGUUAGUCGCAGAAACAAGCUCCCAUUUCUGUCCGUCGUCUGUACGUUCUCGGUUCCUGUUUCUGCAUUUAUUUUUAUACCGUAUUUAAAUACGAAACACCUCUUAACUCCCAAUGGAUUCAAGCGGAUUCCUGCCCUGUAAAUUUGUGUAUGUUUAUAUCGUUGUUUUAUCUUUCAUUAAACGAUGCAGAAUCUUGUGGCUUCUGUAA